UGUUCAUUAGGUGUUCAACUAUGGUUGAAUCAUUUCCUUCUCCACCAAACUAUUCUUCUGAUCAAGGAAUGCAGCCUGAGAUACAGAGGUUGAGAAUAUUAGUUGGUCCUCCACUAAGAAGUCCACCAAAACAUCAAACUGUGUUAGACUCAUUGAUGCCUGCUUUUUCUUCUGUUGACUCUGAGACUGCAAGUAGUUCAGCACCUGUUGACAAGGAUAAAUUCAUCCGUCCAGAAAGUUUAAAUAACUUUGUAAUAUUUUGCACCAGUGAUUUUACAACUGUUUCCAAAGAAGUUCAUGUAAGGACCCGCCGAGUACGAUUAAUUGGGUUAGAGGGAGCUGGUAAAACUACUCUUUUAAGGGCUGUCUUGAAUAAAUGUAAACCAAAUACUGCUGCCAAUGAUGAUGCUGUUUCAGAGGUUGUGCGAGAAGUUAUAGAUAAUGGUUUGUGCUAUUGUGACUCCAGUGGAAUAAAUACGCAGAUCAAACAACCUAAUGUUAACCAGUUGAAUGUCUGUUGCAUUCUAUAUUUGCUUUCUACUUUAAUG